CAGAUGCGGAGUAGACCCUCAACAUUUGUGACGUUCAUAGAAAGGCCGUGAAACGUCGAAAUGCUUUCUGGCUGCAUCUGAAGCUGGAAGAGAGACAUACCAUCAUAGGUUUGAUCUCACCGUUUACACACUCGUUCUCUCAGCGCCUGGCAGCAAUACCCGUGCUUUCAACCCGUUUUCGUAGCCAGUUUAAAAAUGUCUAUGGCACAUCUAACCGUUGACCCGAUGAAGUUCGACCGCAUCCGCGCGUCCAUAUUGCACGGACCCAAGGACCUUCGCGUUGAGACCAGAACCAUCAGACCGCCAAACGCCAAUGAAGUCCAAAUUGCAGUUCGCACCACUGGCCUUUGCGGCUCGGACCUGCACUACUACAACCACUUCCGCAACGGGGACAUCCAGAUCCUCGAGCCGCUGACUUUAGGCCACGAAUCCGCCGGCGUCGUCGUCGCUACCGGUAGUUUGGUCAAAGACGUGAAGCCUGGUGACAAAGUCGCCCUGGAAGUAGGACUGCCUUGCGGCGUUUGUGAACUGUGCAAGGCGGGACGGUACAACAUAUGUCCCGAGAUGAAGUUUCGGAGUAGCGCGAAGGCAUUUCCACAUGCGCAAGGCACGCUGCAGGAAAGGAUUAACCAGCCGGCAGGGUUCGUACAUAAGCUACCUGCUGAGAUGAGCCUAGAAAUGGGCGCGUUGUUGGAGCCAUUGGGAGUGGCGAUCCAUGCGCACAGGAGAGCACAGUUGCAGCCUGGUGUGAAGGUGCUCGUGUUCGGAGCCGGAGCGGUAGGAUUGCUUGUUGCUGCUGUUUUAAGGAUCCAGGACCCUCAGUGUACCGUUGUCAUUGCAGAUAUAGACGCUGGCCGCAUUAAGUUUGCUCUGGAGAACGGGUUUGCACACUGCGGAUUCCCCGUUCCUCUGAGACGGGCGAACUCCACAGAGGAACAAUUGGAGAUUGCACGGAAGAUCGCCGCAGAGAUAGGAGAAGUGGUGGUUGACGAUAACAGUAAACUAGGACAGGUCGAUGCGGUAUUCGAGUGCACUGGUGUUCCUUCAUGUCUGCAGACGAGUAUCUAUGCGACCAAAGCUGGCGGAAAGAUAUUGCUCAUCGGCAUGGGGACGCCAGUGCAGACACUCCCUAUCUCGGCUGCCGCGCUACGGGAGGUAGAUAUCAUUGGGGUGUUCAGAUACGCAAACACGUAUCCCACGGGCAUCGAACUACUGCGGAACGCUGAGCGGAUGAGGGAGGGUGGCGAGGGUGUGCCAAGGUUCGAAAAAAUGGUCACACAUCGCUUCAAAGGCUUUGAGCGUAUAGAGGAAGCAUUCAAGAUGGCAGGAAAAACGACGGACGAGAACGGGAAAUUGGUUUUGAAAGUGGUGGUAGAACUUGACGACGAGGAUGCACAUGAUCAAUCAAAGCUCUAAAUGAGAGUAAUGUCACGUCAAGAGUAGGAAAUGUAAGCGCAAGCAUGCUCGAAGAAUUAUAUUUGCUCCGCCUUAGCCCAUGCCGCUAAGCCGAGCCAUGCCA